CUUUGCCACUCACAACACCUUCAUCUCUCUCCCGUGAGGCUCAGUUUGGAAAAAUGGAGAUUACAAACGUUACCGAGUAUGAAGCCAUUGCAAAGGAGAAGUUGCCUAAGAUGGUAUACGACUACUAUGCCUCUGGUGCAGAGGACCAGUGGACUCUUCAAGAGAACAGAAACGCUUUCGCCAGGAUCCUCUUUAGACCUCGGAUUCUGAUUGAUGUGAGCAAGAUUGAUAUGACAACAACCAUCUUGGGUUUCAAGAUAUCCAUGCCCAUCAUGGUUGCUCCUACUGCCAUGCAAAAGAUGGCUCACCCGGAAGGGGAGUAUGCUACGGCUAGAGCUGCGUCUGCAGCUGGAACCAUCAUGACACUGUCGUCAUGGGCUACUUCCAGUGUUGAAGAAGUUGCCUCCACAGGACCAGGGAUUCGAUUUUUCCAGCUCUAUGUAUACAAGAACAGGAAAGUGGUUGAGCAGCUCGUGAGAAGAGCCGAGAGGGCAGGGUUCAAAGCCAUUGCUCUCACUGUAGACACCCCAAGGCUAGGUCGCAGAGAGUCUGAUAUCAAGAACAGAUUCACUUUACCUCCAUACCUGACAUUGAAGAACUUUGAAGGUCUCGACCUCGGAAAGAUGGACGAGGCCAAUGACUCUGGCUUGGCUUCAUAUGUUGCUGGUCAAAUUGACCGUACCUUGAGCUGGAAGGAUGUCCAGUGGCUCCAGACAAUCACCAAAAUGCCGAUUCUUGUCAAGGGUGUUAUUACAGGAGAGGAUGCAAGGAUAGCGGUUCAAGCUGGUGCAGCAGGAAUCAUUGUGUCGAAUCAUGGAGCUCGCCAGCUUGACUACGUCCCAGCAACAAUCUCAGCCCUUGAAGAGGUUGUCAAAGCGACACAAGGACGAAUCCCUGUCUUCUUGGAUGGUGGUGUUCGUCGUGGCACAGAUGUCUUCAAGGCACUUGCACUUGGAGCCUCAGGGAUCUUCAUUGGAAGACCAGUGGUAUUCUCACUUGCUGCUGAAGGAGAGGCUGGAGUCAGAAAGGUGCUUCAAAUGCUGCGUGAUGAGUUCGAGCUGACCAUGGCACUCAGUGGGUGCAGGAAUCUCAAGGAAAUCACCCGUAACCACAUCACCACCGAAUGGGACACCCCACGCCCUUCAGCCCCACGCCCUUCAGCAAGGUUAUAGAGAGACCAAAACCACAACCACAACCACAACCAAAACCAGAGAAGAGCAACAGUACAGAACAUUGGUUUCCUUCUACCUACACUCCAUUCUUCUUAUUGGUCACUUGGCUUCCUACUUUGCUAUCUAUCUCAAAAACUUGUUUCUCCCUAUAAUUGAAUCAUAUACAAUGGCCUAAAGAUUCUGUAAAAUGCUACUUGGCUUCUUCUA